AUGGGUGAUGGUACGAAUCAAAAACAAUUUAAACAUCGAGUGUUUUCAUUACGGACGUUGAUCAUUAUAGGCAUUGGAUUAUCAACUUUCGCAAUUAUCUUUUUUCAAGGUCAAUGGUCAACAGGAUUAGAAUCAUUUAAAAUUCUUAUCUUAAUGAAUCCUGAAAAUAACUCUAGAACGAGUUUUAUUGGAAAUUCGAAACACUCCGAUAAAAUUUGUCAAUGGUACUUUUUAAAUUAUACACCAAGUGCAUGGGAAAAUGUUUGGUUUAGAAAUAUCGAAAAAUUUCAAAAUAGUGUUUGUGAAAUAUUAGCAGACGCAACAAAUUUAAAUAAAACAGUAUUGGCCGUUGAACGAUUGAUGGAAUUACAAAACUUUGGAAGAACUCGUACCCAAAGCGAUAAACAGCAGGCUGACGAGCUUCUGUCAAAAAUGUUUUAUCGACAAGUAUGUAUCGAUCCACUAACAAAAGUGUCGUUUCAAGAAGCAGAAGUGUCACAAGUAAUUGAAUCACUAAUUGGUUUUCUUCGAGAUCCUUUAUCGAUAUGUAGUCGUAUUAAGUCAUUACCUGACUCACUUUAUAAAGGAGCAGGAGUUCAGUCAAAACGAUUUAUCUUAUUAUCGGUGGUAGCUCCGUUUUAUAUUCAUUCAUCACGACAUAAUCAUAAGAACAGUUUAGAAAUAAAUGUUCAGUCAAACAAACGCAAUUCAAGUUUACUUCCUUGGAUGUAUCAAAGAUCGAAGUUGAAUUUGUUAGACAGGAAACUUGAUAUAGAUAUGAGAAAUGGGCAGAAUAUUUUGAUUGAUUUGGGAAGUUCCUAUUUCCAACGUUGGGGUGGUGAUUCCACUGCCAAUGCAGGACAGUGGUUUUAUGAAAAUUACAAACGUUUUGGCGUUAAAUUUGAUCGUAUCAUCGCUUUUGAAUAUGCUCCAUUAGAUCCAAAAACUGCUUGGAAUCAAUUGCCUGACGAUGUUGUUCCUGUUUAUACUCUAAUUAAUGUUGGUGUUGAAACAGAUGGAAAAUUCAAUCCUUGGGUAAUGCUGAAAACAAUAGCUAAGCCAUAUGACCAUGUUGUUAUCAAACUAGAUAUUGAUAGACCAUUAAUUGAGAGUACUCUAAUAAAUCAACUCUGA